CGUACUUCUGUAUUGUGCACUGCACUGUAUCGCGUGGCCACCAUUAUUGGAAACCGGCGUUUAUGUUUUCAUUCAAUGACGAUCACUGCGGUGUGGCCAGCAACGAGUUAACAUAAUCCUGUAAAAUAAGCAUCACCAUGGCCGAUAACAAGGAUUGUGACGAUGACAAGAUCUACGGCGGCUGUGAAGGGCCUGAUGCCAUGUACGUCAAACUGGUAUCGUCAGAUGGUCAUGAAUUCAUUGUGAAAAGAGAUCAUGCACUCACAUCAGGCACCAUCAAAGCUAUGUUGAGUGGACCAGGACAAUUUGCUGAAAACGAAACAAAUGAAGUACAUUUCAAAGAGAUCCCAUCCCAUGUGUUGUGCAAGGUUUGCAUGUACUUCACAUACAAAGUACGCUACACCAACAGCUCCACGGAAAUCCCAGAAUUCCCCAUUCAAGCAGAGAUUGCCCUGGAACUCCUCAUGGCCGCCAACUUCCUGGACUGCUAGGUCAGAGGUCACAUCUCUCAAGGCGAGCGGACGGACUGGAUAGAUCAACGGAACAACUUCUUCUCUGUUUUUGAGUUGUUGUGUCAGCAUCUAUAGGCCUACUGCAUGGUAUAUAAAUAUUUUACAGAUUGGCCAAAUUAGGAUUGAUGCAAACAGGUAAAUUAAAGGAGAAUGAAACCCUUGAAACCAGCUGAAUCCAUAUCAAAGAGAAAAAUCAAAGGAACACAUUGUUGAAAGUUUGAGGAAGAUUGAAUGAAUAAUAAGAAAGUUAUGAGCAUUUGAAUAUUGAGAUCACUAGUGCCAUGUAGAUCCUCCUAUCGGCAAUGCGACCAAGAUCUGUGAUAUCACACACGUACAACUCCCUCAUUACUUUAGUACUUAUUUCACUUAUAUUCUCACUUUUAUAGAGUCUAUCACAAGGUGAGGUGUUCUCUUUAUGAGAUGACAAGUACAGAGGUUUCACAACAUUAUAUCAUUGAUGAAUCGUUUGUCAUAUGAUUAGAAUGAGCAAAAAGAAAUGUUUUGGGGUAUAUUUUCAGUGUCCAAAUGGGAGAGUUGUACGUGUGUGACAUCACAGAUCUUGGUCGCAUUGCCAAUGGGAGGAUCUCCAUAGCAUUAGUGAUCUCGACAUUCAAAUGCUCAUAACUCUUCUAUUGCUAGUCCUAUUUUACUCAAACUUUUGUUGAUCUUAUUCUUUGAUUUUUCUGCUUUCACAAAAGCUAACUUGCUCCAAGAGUUUCAUUCUCCUUUAAGAGCCGAAUAUUCAGAGAGUUAAUGUAUCACACAUUUGCAUCUAUUUUACAUAUAAUGUAAUACCGCAUAGAAUUCAUGACUCAUAAAUGCAUGAAGUUACAUAUCAUAGGCCAGUUAUAUUGCAGUCCUAUGAUCCUAUAUAUUCUGAGGAAUAAGGGGGACUGGUUCGCCAAUAUUUUACAAACUUGUAUAGUUUUUUAUUCAAAUACAGUGAUGAUAUAAUAAAAACAUAUAAAUAAUCUGCAUUUUUUAGUGGCACCAUAAAGUGAAAGUGCCAGUCUUUUAGUAAAAGCCUGUUUUGUAUGGCUAUCGAGAUAAUCAGUUGAAUUUACAAAUUUUAAGAGCAGUUCUGAGUCUAGCAUUGAAGAAUUUCAGCUUUAAAGGGCGGGAAGAGUGGUGGGUCAAUGAACAAAAUAUACAUGUAGAAGGUUCUGAAAUUAUACCAUUUAACUGGGUUCUGUCAAAUAAUUUGAUUAAUUGAAAUAAUCAGAGGUUGAUUCAUACAAGAUAGACUGUAUUUCAUAGCUUGAAAUCUUGUCAAAGUAGGAGAGCGUUAUAAGAAGUUUUCCAUAGGUAACUUUAAUGUUGUAUGCAGUACAUACAGUGUAUACACAUAUGUGAUUUACUCCAUAUUUUGGGUGGUUAGAAUGUUCUUGUUUUGUUUUCCUAUAAAGCCAUGUUUACUAAAAAAAUAAUAUCUACAUGUAUGUUUAUUAAUCAGAUACAAACCAGGGCUCAUGAGUAUAUUAACUGCUUACUGGCAGUGCUAUAUGUACUGUAAACAAAUAGUGACUCUUUUGAUGGGCAAUAUAAGCAAAUAAUAUCCAUUGGAGAAGGUGAUGUGACAAAUUAUAACCUCAAAGGUGGGCUAGGUGUAGCUGUCCAUCUGGAGCUAUAAUGCUGAGCAUUGAAAGCCAGAAUCUCAUUGCUGUAUCUCAUCUACCGGUAAUCGACAGAAACCUAAUGUGAUUAAUUGCCUUACGUAUUACAUCCAGCUUGUUUUCAAAAUGUCUAUUCAUUUUAAUCUUGAAAUACAUGUACAUAUAACUUUACUUGGUCACCCGGUCUGCAUUUUUAUGUACUGCAAAGAGUCCUAUAGUAAAUUUCAUAUACAGUCAAUGAUCAGUUGAUAAGAAGACAAUCUUUUUUGUGAAAUUCAAAGUGUCUUGCAUUUAGCUAGUCAAAACUACUUAUUCAUCACAUUUUUUAAAAUUAGAGAUAGAAAUAUUUUUUCUUCAAAAUCAAAUGUAAAAAUUGCAAACUCCAGAACCCCAAAGAUUAACAAUCUUGAUGUUAGUUUCGCAUCAAGAUUCUUGCCCAAAUUUUCAUGUAGUGUAGGUGUGUUAAUAGUAUUAAAGAAUGUACAUAAUGGUGAAUGAUGAUAACUUGAUGUGCAUUAUUAUAUUGUAUACAUUAGAAGUUUGUUAUAUUUGACAUGAAAUUCAGAGGUGAUCUGUUCAGAAGAAUACACAAAUGUAAAUCUGUUAAAUACUCUGUCUUUGCCACAGCGGAUUUGUAGUGAAAAAUUCUUCCAUAGUCCCAUGCAUGUUAGUUUGUGUGAUAAAGCAUGCUUAAUUCAACCUACAUGUAAAACUGCUUUUAUCCAUAAUGUUUAUGGGCUGUAUUUGAGCUAACAUGGUAAUUGGUAAUGCUAAGCUGUGAAAUCAACCAUAUCAUGUGAAAAUGAAAUGUUUCUCUUAAUUUCAAAGUGGUAUUUCAUGGACAUCUCCAAAUAACAAAGCAGUUUAGUAUCAAAAGAAAGGGGGGGGG